GAGGCAUCCCACCAUGGUCGCAAGUAAGUUCCCAGACUUGGCCAAGAUGAAGGUCAUGGGAGCAGAUGACCUGGAUGCAGAGACAUUGAAACGGCUGAAACGAGAGGCUGCCAUCCGCUCGAAAGAGCAGGACUUCGAACGCCGGAAGAAGGCCGAAGAAAGGAAGAAACGGGAACAGCUUCAGGCGCUACGGGAAGAGUAUGAAAGCAAGCAGACGAAGCGGGAGCAAGAAAGGCUAAGCCUGCUACAGAAGCAAACUGAGCUGCGAGCCAGAAAGAAGGCGGAGAAUGACCGCUUGAACCAGCUCAGAGAGAAGAACAUCUUGAAGAGACAUCAGGCUUGGCGCAAGCGCGCGGACGCCGAGAUCUCGCACAUCAUCGAGGACCAGGUGGCGGAGGAGGAGCGCUUGGAGGAGGCCAUCGCAGCUGCACGGCAGAGAAAGUUCGAUAGGGCCGAGGCCAUCCGCCAAGAGAAAAUGGACAAGCAGACGCGCCAAGAAGAGUUGGACAUGGCGCGGCAGAGGCAUUGCAGCAUGGAAGACCAGAAAAUCCAGGAUGCCAUGCUAGCAGAGAUCGCCAAGAUGCAAGGCCAGGAAGGUUUUGAUUAUGUGGUCAUAUGCUGCUCGGACCAGAGCGCAGAAGACUUCUGGCAGGCAAGGCUGACUCAGACCAUUCGGCAAGUCACCGGAUCCAGCAGCACAGUUAUUUGUGUUCACGAGGACUGGAACGGCGGGGCCGGCAACGGCCUGGGCACCCUCUAUGCGUUCGUCAAGGCUUGCUCGAAGGGCAAGGAGAUGGGCUUCGACUUGGCCCAUGCAAUGCAUGCGGGCAAGUCUGUGGCCAUUUACCACACCGCCGGGAAGGGAACACGUUUGGCUCCCCUGCCUGGUGCGGAGAACAACAACAAACCAGGUGUGAAGCUGCCUGGUCUCCUGUCAGUGGGUGGCAGAUUCGAGCCCAUUACAGUUCUGGAAAGCGUGCUGCGCCAGACGAGCAGUUACGGAGCAGUUCGGGGUGGUAUUCUGGGGCGACCAGAUCUUUGUGCCUUCCUGUGGUAUGGCCUGAUUGCAGUCGAUUCCAAAGGUGAUGCGAUGCAAUUGGAGAAGGUCACCUACGAUGUUGCUGUGCAGUACCUACCCAAAGAUGUCUCAGCCGCUUUGAUGGAUGCUCUUUUGGCAGAAUUCGCCUCAGAGCUCAAUGACAAGAAAGCUUGCCUGGACUCCGAUCCACAUUUCUGGAUGCCUCUCACCCUCAAGAAGGCCGACUACAUUGCUGUGAUGAGCAAGAAGGGCACGACAGCCGACGAAGCCGGAAAGCACUACGAUCGUAUGGCGGAGUUCAAGAGCAGCUUCAAGAAGACAGGUGGCAUUCUGGGCUGUGUGGACGUGGGGCAACAAGCCUACUGGUGGGACUAUGGUCGAUUAGAGCUGUAUAUGAGAAACAACUUUCUCAUCACCGAAGCCAACGCCAGCGCGCACGCUUUGCGGACCUUCCUGCGAUUGCAGCAGCCGAGUCUCGAGAGCGACCUGGGUUUGCGACAGCAAUGGAACACGCUCGAUGGUGUCACUGUAGACUCCACAUCUGUCGUGCUGAACUGCCGAAUCGGGGCCGGCAAGAUCGGGCCAGGCUGCGUGUUAGUCAAUGUCGUGGCUCCCACCAUAGACGUUGAGAACUGCAUUCUGGUGAAGGUCUCGUCGUCGCGUCCCAUUUCUGGAAAGGGCGGCUUGCUGUACAACGUGGUCGAAGAUGGCAAGGGCGACACAUUGCCUUGUGACCGAGUCCGAGCCGAUGUCUUCAUGCCAGACGGCAUCCACCACAAGAUCUACUCGACGCCAAGCACCGAUGGCGGAAAGGUCUGGAAAGAGAGAGUUCAAGGAAACAAUUUUAGUUUCGAGGGCAUUUACAAGGCCAACCAGCCUCUGGACGUGUCGAAGUGCACAGAAGCUGCAAACUCCUCGCACGAUGCCGUAGGCAACAAGGUGAUGCCUGUGUCUGCACUGAGCAACAUCUUCAUGUCCAUGUACAGCUGCUGUGCUAUGCGGUCUCGAUUCGUGCAGCAGCUUUCCACAUGCUUUCGGCAAUCCCGAUCGGAUGCCAAGCUAAGCAUCCAUUGUGCAGAAGCCGACCUUGAAAGAAGCAAGCGGCGCGACCUCAAGGCUAUCAACCGUGUCGAUGCUCUGAAGAUGGAAGCGCGUGACGAAUUGGAGUCCUUCAUCCAGAAUCCGUAUCCCGUGCCGCUGAAGCAGGUCCUAGCCGGGCGUUUGCGUCCAGUGCCAACCGUGUCCGAGCUGCUGGCAGCCUAUAAGGACCAGCGGGAAGAGCUCGAGUUCCUGGAAAAGGAAGACAUCCCAAUGCGGGCGCAGCUGUGCAAUCAGAGCAUCUUUCAGUACGUCCGCGACAUUCAGCUCAAAGCAGAGGCGGAGCGGAUGCGGCCCCCGGAGCCGGUGGCCGGCGAUCUGUUGCGGACGGUUGGCAAGAAGAAGCAAGCGCCCACCUCGCCGGUCAACCGGCGAACCAAGCGUGUGCUGGAGCAGCGCCGGCAGCAGCGCCGCGUCGCGCUGCCCUUUCUAACCAGAUGGCGCUGGCAGCGGGGAGAAGUCGGACUCUUCCAAAGCGAGCUGCCCGAGGUCGAGGCUGGCCAAAUGCCAGCACCCAGGGAUCGAGAGCGGCCUGCAGCUGCGGAAGUUCGGGAGUCGGCCUCGGGCGCGUCGCUUGCCAGCGGCGGGACUUCGCCCACAAAUCCAGGCCAGCGAUCCUCGUCGUCGUCGAUGCCAAUCUCAACACUGCCCGGCGUUUCCUUCCGCCUUGAGGAUGUUGGGUUCGAGCUGCCCGAUGGGAAGAAGCUCCUGAAGGAGAUCGACUUUACCAUUGAUGCGGGGCGGAGGGUGGCUGUGAUGGGACCCUCUGGCAGUGGCAAGACGACCUUGCUCGGAGUUCUCAGUGGCCGUGCUUCCUACGGCCGUGUCUCGGGCAAGUUGACGGUCGGUGGCAGGCCUGCUGACGACCUCAGGUUUCUGCAGAACGUCACCGGCUUUGUGCCGCAGGAUGAUGUCCUUCACGGAGAGCUCACGGUUGCGGAGAACCUGCGGUUCCAGGCCUCCUUGAGGCUUCCAGCUGGACGUACACGCGAGGAGGUGGAUGCAUGCGUAACAGCUGUUGCAAAGGAUCUCAAUCUCAGCAGCCUGUUAAAUGCACGGGUGGGGACGCCUGAAAGACGUGGAGUGUCCGGUGGGCAGAGGAAGCGAGUCUCCAUUGGCAUGGAGUUGGUGGCCCAGCCCUUGCUCCUCUUCGCGGACGAGCCGACCAGCGGGCUUGACAGCACCACAAGCCAUGAGGUUGUUCGAUGCCUGAACGGUGCAGCUGCAAGGCUGAAUUCCACAGUCGUCGCCGUAAUUCAUCAGCCGCGCUACGAGACCCUGCGGCUUUUUGACGACCUGGUUCUGCUGGCCUACGGCGGUUGCUUGGUCUAUGCUGGCCCCACGGAGGACGCUGUGGAGCACUUCAAGACCCGUUUGCAUGUGACCUUCUCCAACAACACCAAUCCUGCUGACAUUCUGUUGGAUGCCAUUCAGCCACCCAUCAAUGAACCUGAGGUUUGCGCAAGUGCAUGGAAAUCCUGCGCGGCUUUGCAGGACAAGGUGGAGCAGAUGGUAUUGCCGGCCAGCAUCUUCCGUCGCACUCGCCAGCCUUUCUUCCGCGCCGUCUUGAUAUACAUGGAUCGCUCGAUGCUGCAAACAAUCAGGGCGUACGUCUCCCUGGCCAUUAACUACAGCCUGUGCUGCGUGGCUGUGCUGCUACUUUGCAUGAUCCUCACCUACAACCGACUGGACCAGUUCCUGAUGCAGUCAGCCCUGGCCGCGCUGUUCCUGAUGCUGCUUCAGGGUGUUGCGGCGCAACAGGUCUUCGGCGCCGAUUUACUCACCACCUGGCGAGAAGCAAGAGUCGGGAUGCCGAUGGUUGCUUACUUCGUGGCCAAGGAUUUAACAGCUUGCAUCGAGGUCACGUUGUCGUCAGCAGUCUUUGCUGCAGCCUAUGGCUAUGCGAGUGGCAGCCAGGUAUCCUUGCGCCAGCUCUUUGCAGGGUCUUGGGCCUUUGUCUUCGCGAUCUUUGGCCUCAACUACAUCUUCAGCAUCAUCCUGUCACCAGGCGCAGCGCAGAUGAGUGCAGUCGUUACAUCGUUCCUUUCCUUCUGCACAGCCGGCGUCUACCAGCCACAGCUGAAUGAGAUGGCCAGCAUGUUUGAAGGACGAGGCUGGAUGGUGCCAGCAUUGAGUCCAGUUCGGUGGCUUUGGGGAUACUUGCUCACAGCCGAGGUGCCAAACUUGACACCGCUGACACUCGAAGGAUCGGCAGGCACCUUGCGUGGCAAGGGCUACGACGUGGAAUACCUGCACGACUGCAAAAAUUCCAUGGUGGGCAUUCAGGACCAGGCUGUCAGAACUCUCCAAGAGGCGUGGCUCGACAACCGAGGUUGGGUGUGUUCAACGGCACCACUGCUACUACUUGGGAUCCUCUUCCGCUUCCUUGCAGGAUGUUGUUUGCUGCUCUAUGUGAGUGCGCAAACGAGCGGCUGGGCACGCUUCUUUGGCCAGUCAGAGUUGGGUGCUUGGAAAUUGGCGGGCCACUUCUUCAAGCUUUUAGUAGGAUCGUUCUUGAUCAUCUUCCUCUUUGCCGAGGUCUGGAUCUUCGGAAGCCUUCAUCUGGACUUCAAGGGAGGACAUUUCGGUCGACAAGCCGUACAAGGUGGAGCAGAUGGUGUCAUCUCUCUGUGGUGA